CCGUCUCUCAGUCAUGAGGGCUCUUUUGCGUGCGGCUCUUGCCCCCCGCGCCCCAUGCAUCCGCGUUGGCCUUGUUGCCCGGCUGCUCACCUGGUCUUUGCUGCGCCGUUCCUUCGUCGCCGCAUUAGGAUGCUCUUCCUCGUCUCAUGUUACUCACAAAUCCGAUAAGGUUUCACCGUGGAAGUAGGACCGUGAGGCUCUGCGAAGGGGACAAGUCAAAAGGUCCCUGUGGAGGCCCUCCCCAGACCUGCACAAGGCUCAAAGUGGACCAGGCUCAAAUUCCGGUCAAGCAUCCCAAUUUGUGCCACAUUGCCCUCUGAUGUCCCCUUUGUCUCUGCUCUUCCUUCGUCUCCUCUUCGCGAGCUGCAUAGUGGCAACGCACGUGUUCUCACCGCCUUGCUACAUGCUUUCUCAUAUCGGCAAAGUCUCCCCAUCUCACCCUCUUUUAAAUCGCCCUCGUCUCCUUCACUCCUUCGCCAGCUGUCUGGUUAAAGUUCAUGCCUCGUUCCUUAGACAGGUUGCCCUUUGAUGUUUUAUUUUGUAUAACUUCAUCUCUCACCUUUGAUGAUAUUGUAAGCUUAAGUUUGACAUGUCGCCAAUUAAGGCUACUACUGAACGAGGGCACGCUAUGUUGGCGAACUAUCGAGACCCAUGUCCCCCACAGCAAAGAAGCAAAACUUGCUCAAGAGAAGAAAAUAACAUACCGAGAAGCUGUCCAGCGCACCUAUGAACGGCGCGAAGCCUUUGCAAAAGCAUCUCCGUUUUCGGCCUCCAUCAUAGGCCAUGGUUCUGCCUUUCUUUAUAAGCAAGGCAUUCUCUGCUCUAUUUCUGGAAGUUCUAUCCGAGUUCUGGACAUCCACGCCUCGUCAAGUGCCCCAAGGACAAUUGAACUAUCUCCCAUCAUCAGCAGUGUAGUCUCUACUGGGCUUGCUGAGGCUAAAAUUUCUCUGCUCUCUUACUGUGAUGAAAUCUUGGCCUUGCACUACGAGCGGAAGGCGAAGCCUGUUGACAGCUGGCUGAUAGCUGUCAGCACCAAGGUCGGUACACCAGACGCUGAGAGACUUGUGGCUAAGAUCGAGCUCGAAUCAAGCAGCAAGCUGUUUGCCCGUAAUACCGCCUCAUUCCUGUAUUACGGCACACACUCGGGUGUUGGAACACAUGGCCAUCGCGAGUGGAGGAUCCAUGGAGUUUCUCUAGAUGCGGAGCACGUCAUCCCAGCAGGCACCCCGCCACUGCAGCUGGAAGACUUCGUGGGGUCAGACAUGGGCUUCACGGUAGCGUUCGAAAUCCACGAUGGUUAUUUUUACGCCCUCUCGAACCAGACAUCCUUCGACGUGGAGGAAGUUGAUUGGACGUCCUUCUAUCACUGUGUCCGCUUUCCCCUCGAACGACCGUUCAGCAACGCCCUGAAAACCAACAACCGCAUAUAUCGACGGCAGCAUGCAGAAGGCCCUAUCAACGAUUCUUGGACUGACAUGAGUCUGCAGGCUGACGAAUCCACCAACGCACUGAUAAUUGUUGAGUCUCGUCGAGAAUGGAAAAAUGGCGGAAGCCAACAAACCCGCACCUUCUACACGCAAGAAAUAGCGUUCCCAUCAAACUCAUCCUCAACGCCAUGUUCGCAGACCUCAUCGCCCGCUGUCGGACCAUCCGCCGGCCCAGCCCUCCCACCCGACGACCCCUUCGUAGCCUUGCUCGCCAGCGAUAACAACGCACACUGGGCCCCCUCCCAGCCUCGCUACGAGGACUUCACGCACCCCGAAUACGGGCCCCAUCUCAACGACCCCGCGCGGGCCUUCAUCCUCGCCCGCACCAAGCUUCGCGCCUACAACCUCUCCUGCAGCGCCUUCGUCGACUUCGUCGAAGACGAUAAGUGCUGCAGCAACCCCAGCAGCCCAGCACCCUGUCUCCGCCUGCGGAUCGGCUCGCGGCGUCUCGCACCUGCGAUCCCCGACGACAAUGACGAGCAGCCGCCCGCUGGCUCGGGCAAGGGCAAGGGCAAGGGCAAGGAGCCGCUGCAAUACGAGGUCCCGCUCCCACCCCCGAAAUCCGCCCUCGAUGCCCGCUAUCGCUACGCUCCGAUAACGAUGUGGCCCCCGCCUGCGAACGCCUGCCCGUGUGCUGCGCGGCUGCAUGGGAUUCUCAACCCGCCGUUGCCUGCGGGGUCGGCGUAUGGCAAGACGCUCGUGGGGGUGGUGGAUGAGCGCAGUCUGGUCUACAUGCUACGCCCUGCAAGGUCAUACGACGACGAUGAUACGGGCGGGCCGAUUGUGCUGAUCAGCUUUGAUCGCGCGAUUGGGCGGGUGUGGACAGGGGAGGAGGGCGCGGGUGAUGGCGUGGAUAGCGUGAUGAGGGAUGGGGGGAGUGAGCUGCAGAUGCGGAGUCGAUGGGUUGCUGGGAGGGCGGAAGCAUGUAGGGAUGGGACGUGUUGCUGACGGGGUGUGCCUGUAGCUUAGGUCUUACUAGGAAUGAAAAGAUAUUCCAUGUCAAUAUGUUGCUAGGCCGCUGUCCUCGCAAGUCUUCGCUACUUGAGUGCACUCG